AUGAACCUCCUUCUUCAUCUACUGAUGCUGUCACUUCUCUCAAGUGGAUCAGCUGAAGUUGUGAAAAAUUUUCAAUUUGACUGUAUUGAAUUUUUUGCAAAAGGAAAGUCACCAACAAUACUUGCUGGAGAUCAGUACAGGCAGAUCUGCCAAACUCUAGAUGGAGAUGAGUAUCAUUUCGCCACACUUUACGACACUCACAACAGGAUCCCUGUGUACUCGGCCUAUGUGUUUGAAGGGGCAUUGAGCUGUGACAGACGAGACAAGUGGUACAUUGAACCUCAACUUGAUGAUAUUAAAGCAAAACCAAACAUGAUUUCUGAGAAAGAGCUAAUAAAAGGACUUGGAGAUCAUCAAGCUGUCAGUAAAGACUAUGAAAAUUCUGGUUUUGACAAAGGUCAUCUGGCUCCAGUUUACCAUGCGAGAUCUCAGGACUGUGCUGACUCCACCUUCACUCUCACCAAUGCUGCUCCACAAGUGCCCAAGUUUAACAAAGGUCCAUGGAGGGCACUAGAAAAAUUUUUAGCAGAUAAACAACUCCACAACUGUCUACUACAAAAAUACACUCCCUAUGUAGUGACCGGAGUGGUGCCAGGCAGACGUACACUGAACGACAGAGUGAAUGUGCCUAGUCAUUUCUGGACUGCAUACUGCUGCUUAUACAAAAAGAAAUGUGAAAUCUCAGAGGGAUUUAUUGGACAGAACAAGAACAAUGUUGAUAUCAAAGGAAGAACUGUGGAAGAGUUGGAGAAAGAGUUGGCAGAGCUGUAUAAAGUAAAAUCUUUUAAGUUGUUUAAAUAG